CGGCGCGGGGCGCGUGGAUGUGGCGCCGGGCCCGGGUGGCGGCGGGCUCCAGCGGCGGGACCCCUUCGCCCCGCCCGCCUUCGCCUUCGCGCCCCCGGGCGAGGCCGAGGCCGGGGCCGUGAUCGGCCGUGAGCCGGCGACGGGGGGCGGUCGGGGCCGCGGUCGCGGUCGGCGGCGGGGUGCACGGGGCGGCGGCGGAGGCCGUGGGGGCCCGGGCGCACGGGAGCGGCCCGCGGAGCCCGAUCGUACCAUGGAAGCGGCGGCGGCCGGCCGGGGCGGCUUCCAGCCGCACCCGGGGCUGCAGAAGACGUUGGAGCAGUUCCACCUGAGCUCCAUGAGCUCGCUGGGCGGCCCGGCUGCUUUCUCGGCGCGCUGGGCGCAGGAGGCCUACAAGAAGGAGAGCGCCAAGGAGGCGGGCGCGGCCACAGUGCCGGCGCCGGUGCCCACUGCCGCGGAGCCGCCGCCCGUGCUGCACCUGCCUGCCAUCCAGCCGCCGCCGCCCGUACUGCCCGGGCCCUUCUUCAUGCCGUCGGAUCGCUCCACCGAGCGCUGUGAGACCGUGCUGGAAGGGGAGACCAUCUCUUGUUUCGUAGUGGGAGGCGAGAAGCGUCUAUGCCUGCCGCAGAUCCUCAACUCGGUGCUGCGCGACUUCUCACUGCAGCAGAUCAACUCAGUGUGCGAUGAGCUGCACAUCUACUGCUCGCGCUGCACCGCCGACCAGCUGGAGAUCCUCAAAGUCAUGGGCAUCCUGCCCUUCUCCGCGCCCUCGUGCGGGCUCAUCACCAAGACGGACGCCGAGCGCCUGUGCAACGCGCUGCUCUACGGCGGCGCCUACCCGCCGCCUUGCAAGAAGGAACUGGCGGCCAGCCUAGCGCUGGGCCUGGAGCUCAGCGAGCGCAGCGUCCGUGUGUACCACGAGUGCUUCGGCAAGUGCAAGGGGCUGCUGGUGCCCGAGCUGUACAGCAGUCCUAGCGCCGCCUGCAUCCAGUGCCUGGACUGCCGCCUCAUGUACCCGCCGCACAAGUUCGUGGUACACUCGCACAAGGCCCUGGAGAACCGGACCUGCCACUGGGGCUUCGACUCAGCCAACUGGCGGGCCUACAUCCUGCUGAGCCAGGACUACACAGGCAAGGAGGAGCAGGCCCGCCUUGGCCGCUGCCUGGACGACGUGAAGGAGAAGUUCGACUAUGCCAACAAGUACAAGCGGAGGGUGCCCCGGGUCUCAGAACCCCCAGCUUCCAUAAGACCCAAAGCAGACGACACCUCCUCACAGUCCCCUGCAUCUUCUGAGAAGGACAAGCAGUCCACUUGGCUGCGGACCUUGGCUGGUUCCUCCAAUAAGAGCCUUGGCUGCGCUCACCCUCGCCAGCGCCUUUCCGCUUUCCGGCCCUGGUCCCCUGCAGUGUCAGCAAGUGAGAAAGAGACCUCCUCACACCUCCCAGCCCUGAUUCGAGACAGCUUUUACUCCUACAAGAGCUUUGAGACAGCUGUGGCCCCCAAUGUGGCCCUAGCACCACCAACCCAGCAGAAGGUUGUGAACGGUCCACCGUGCACCACCGUGGUCUCCCGGGCACCGGAGCCUCUUACCACUUGUAUCCAGCCACGGAAGCGGAAGCUGACCAUGGAAACACCAGGAGCCCCAGACAUGCUGACAUCUGUGGCUGCCCCUGAGGAAGACAAGGAUUCCGAGGCCGAGGUGGAAGUUGAAAGCAGAGAGGAAUUCACCUCCUCCUUGUCCUCGCUGUCCUCUCCGUCCUUUACCUCGUCCAGCUCUGCCAAGGACCUAAGCUCCCCAGGCGUACACGCUCCACCUGUGAUUGCCUCUGAUGCUGCAGCCCAUGCUGAUGCCCCAAGUGGGCUGGAGGCAGAGUUGGAGCAUCUGCGGCAAGCCCUGGAGGGUGGCCUGGAUACCAAGGAAGCCAAAGAGAAGUUCCUACACGAGGUGGUCAAAAUGCGUGUGAAGCAAGAGGAGAAGCUGACGGCAGCCCUGCAGGCUAAGCGCAGCCUGCACCAGGAACUAGAAUUCUUGCGUGUGGCCAAGAAGGAGAAGCUACGGGAAGCCACAGAGGCCAAACGCAGUUUGAGGAAAGAGAUUGAACGGCUCCGAGCUGAAAAUGAGAAGAAGAUGAAAGAGGCCAAUGAGUCUCGGGUGCGCCUGAAGCGAGAGCUGGAGCAGGCACGGCAGGUCCGGGUGUGUGACAAGGGCUGCGAGGCCGGCCGUCUUCGUGCCAAGUACUCAGCCCAGAUUGAGGAUCUGCAAGCCAAACUGCAGCAUGCAGAGGCCGACCGAGAGCAGCUUCGAGCUGACCUGCUGAGGGAACGUGAGGCCCGUGAGCACCUGGAGAAGGUAGUGAAGGAGCUUCAGGAGCAGCUGUGGCCCCGGCCACGGGCUGAGAAUGUGGGUGGCGAGGGCAAUGCUGAGCUGGAUCCCUAGCCUGGGCAGUGCCUGCCACCGCCACAUGGACCUCCAUGCGUGCACAGAGGGCGACGGGUACGCGGCUCUGCGGGCCCAGCCCAUGCCUCUGCAGCCACACAGCACAAUGUCUCUACUGUGCCUAUUACCAAGCGAGUGUUUGUAACCACAUACUUUUGGAAUCCACUGCAAAAUUUUCUACUGGCCAAGUUCAAGUGAGCAAGCCAUGUCCCCCAGCUGCACCCAGAGUUGAGGCUGGCUCUGUGGCUUGUAGCUGGUCCUCUGCUUGCUAGAACAUUCUAACAUUUACACUUUUGUUAUAAGCUAUUUAAAACCAGUACGGAGACUUGAUAUUCAGAAAA